UACGUUGUACUAAAUACUCCUUAUCUCCCCUGACCCUCAGUUUCACCUUUUUUUUUGAAAAAGUGUCUACAGAGAAGAGAACAACAUAGCAGAGAGAGAGAGAGAGAGAGAGAGAGAGAGAGAGAGAAGAGCUUAUCUACUUCACUUUCUGGAGAGACAUGGAGGGUGCUAACUGGAAGAUAACAGAGGAAGAAGCAGGGCCAUCCUCUUCUUCUGGGAUUGCUUCAAAUAAACAACAAAACCCACCUGAAACUUUUCAUCAUCAACAUCAUAGGAAGGAGGCUGCAGCAGAAGAAGAAGAAACCGAGGAAGAGGAAGAAGACGAUGUUGAUCAUCAUAACAAUAGCACCUUUGUUCCUGGUCCUCUCCUUUCUCUCAAGGAUCAGAUCGAAAAAGACAAGGAGGAUGAGAGCCUAAGGAGAUGGAAAGAGAAGCUGUUGGGUUGCAUGGAAAGUGAUUUAGAUGGUCAGAUACAUCCUGAAGUGAAAUUCCACUCCAUUGGAAUAAUCUCUGAGGAUUUUGGUGAAGUCAUUACUCCUUUAUCUGUGGAUGAAAGCCAAAAUGGUCAUAUUCUGUUUACUCUCAAGGAGGGCUCUCAUUAUCAGCUUAAGCUAAAAUUCAGUGUUCUGCACAACAUUGUGUCUGGUUUGGCAUACUGCAACAAUGUGUGGAAAGGAGGGCUUCAAGUUGACCAGAGCAAAGGAAUGUUGGGUACCUUUGCUCCCCAAAAAGAACCAUAUGUACAUACCUUAAAAGAAGACAUCACUCCGUCUGGUGUGCUUGCAAGGGGUGUAUACUCUGCUAAGAUUAAGUUUGAAGAUGAUGACGGAAGGUGUCACAUGGAACUCAAAUAUUCAUUAGAGAUAAAGAAGAGGUAGUCCGGGUUUAUGGCACAUUAUUGAGUCAUUCAUCAUGCGUCCUUUUUUUUUUUUUUUAAUUUAUAAUUUUGAAAUCUUUUUAUAAUUUUGAAACUAUUUGUUAAUUAUGCUAUUUAGUACUCGUAGUUCUCAUUUAGUGUUUAGUGUUGUGAGUUGUGACUUCUACAAUUGCUUGCUAAUCAUACAAAAUGGUUGUUCUGCCGAUGGCAAGUCAAUGUUCAAAGCCAUAACAUUUGUACACAAACAAUCCACAAGAGUUUUCAAAGCUCUAAGGAAAUGCAAAAUUCAGCAUUUGUGAUUUGUA